ACUUGACCAUCUAUUGAUUGUUGUAGGGAAACAAGACCUACACUACAUGGUUAUCAGACAAGACAUGGGGUGUUUUUGAUGUGUUUGGUGCAAGGGUAAAUCUAAAUUUCCAGUAACCAUGGACUAAACAUUCACACAUUUACAUAUCAUACUUCCUAUCAAAUUUUGUCAUGUUUUAAUAGUUUAAAAUGGAUUAUAAAGAUGUUGUGUUCGGCUUUUCACUGUUCAUUGCUUAUACUGUAACAAUUUUAACCUAUGCAGCUAUUGGAAAUAUACUUGCCGGUCAUAAGAUUACAAAAGUAAAUGAUUUCAUCAAUCCAGUAAACAAGGAAUUCAGGGGACACUAUGGAACUGCAAGAAAACCAAAUUUAUUCUUUUUGUUGUUUUAUUUACUAUUUUUUAUUGCAUUAAUUGGAUCUACAACACAGAUCAUGAAACUCCGAACCAUCUUCAGGGACUGGAUUGAUCGAGUGACUGGCAGCAGGGAGGAAGAAGUUCCUGUAGUUCGACUACGUCCUGCUCCAGCAACUGCUGAUCAAACUCAUUACGGAGCUGCGAAGCGGCGGAAGGGCAUGGGCGCGUGGGAAGAUGAAAUAGUAGAUUUAGAAGAAAUGCAGAAGCAGCGCCCUCCUGAGACAAAACCAAAGGCCCCUGAGACUAGUCCAUCUUCCGUAUCCUUGGGUUCAGAGUCAUCCAAAACCAAGGUUAAAGGAGCUCGUUCAAGGUCUGGUGGGAAAAAAGGAGGUUCCAGACAGAAAGAUACUGCUGCCUCUGGGAUACCUACAUCUAACCGAUUUGAGGUCCUUAGUGAUUUGGAUGAAGACGGCCAACAAAAGACAAAGUCCCCAACGUGAUGCGGGCUUCGGUGGAGCCGAGAAUUCAAGUUAUUCCGCCACUUCCAAGACUGUCCACCAGAGAAGACACAAGUGAAAAGUUGAACAGAAUCCUUAAUAAAUUUGAAGCAAUGGAGUCUGAUGAAAAACUGGGACCUCAAAAAAAAGCUACAAAAUAAAUAAAUUAUCAAGUGUAGUAUUAAUUUGAAAAGUAAAUAAAAUUUGGCUCAAGAUAAUAAAAUUUAUUACGAAUUGAA